CCUGUACACUAACUAUGGUGGCAGCUUGAGGUUCACCAUUACCAUGUUCGACAUGUAUUGUGGGGCGAGCUGUGUGCUGGGUUGUCAAGCCAACGAAGACUUCUCGUCAGCUUUGGAGAUUAACAUCACCAUUAUUCAUUGUGAGUAGACUUUAAAGGCACUAUAGACUCAUUCAUAUAUGUGUAAUCUUAUGCUAUUUAACUUGCAUUUGAAUCAUAAAGACUAUGUACCAGAACACAUUAUGAUUAUAAUGUUAAUAAAAUAUUUUGUCAAAUCACUCAAAACCGAGUACAUCGAUCUUAAUUUUGGGGAACCCACCCACCCCCCCCGCCACUCUCACCAUCAAUUUGGGGACCCCCCCCCCCCCCCCCAAUGUCUUAAUAUUGGACAUCACAAUAAAGUGAAAUGAUGAACAUAAACUUGGGAAAACCUACUGUAUUAAUAUAAGACAUCACAUAGUAAACUUAAAAUUUGGGUAAAACCUACAGUGUUACUAUUGAAAAUUACAUAAAAAACUAAAAAAUGCUUAAUGAAAUUCAGCUAUUUUCUUUAGUAUGGGGGUAUAUUUCAUUUUAAUGUAAAAAAAUAUGUGGGAGAACGCCAUUUUAAUUAUUGAAAUAAUGCUAAUUCACGCAUAUUUCUGACAUGGUGUAUAAUGUUUAAGUAUAGUUCCAAUCAGAGAGACAGAUUUGAAGGGAGACAUAAAUCAAUCAUUCUUAUACCAGUGGAUUUGGAUGCUAGCCUCUGAUACAUAUUUAUAGUCCCAGGGCCGGAAGAUGACGCUAUCUUUUUAUUAUUAUUUAUAAGUGGGGCGGUGGGGCAGAUUCAUAUAUGAAACUUUGACUAAAAUUUUGCAAAUUUAUUCACAGCUGAUAGAGACAACUCGAAACUUAUUUGGCCACUGGCUUCCGUCGGUGUCCUGGUAGUGAUAGCUACCGCCACGGUGUGCGUAAUCUGCUGGAUAAGACAUGUUAAGACGCGCGCCAGACCCAUCGUCCAGACCAUUGACCAGACACUCUCCGACAGCGUCAUCAACGUAGAGCCUCAGCCCGACACCAGAAGGAUUCCCCGUUGGGAGCCGCCACGUGACGCAACGCGAGCUGAUAGACCGCCCCUCCUUCCGUCAUACUCAGAGGUCGCACAGAACCCUAGCCUUUUUCGUCCUCCGAUGGCUUUGGCUAUCCACUCAGGUACAACCUUAGAGAGUAACUGUCAGAACAAACGGGGGUAGGGAUGAUUUCCCUGCAUCAUUUUCAUAUUCCAUUCAAACUUUCUAUUAACCUUUGACGUAUUUUAGUGAACUUUCGAGAAACCAUUAAUUAUGCGAAGUUUUUCCGCACUAUUUCAUUUAUGAUGUUUAACUAUUAUUUAACACUGAAACUAUAACUUUUACCCUACAAACGCUUUAGAGAUGUACGGGCGUUAUAUUUUGGGGCCUAAACAAUUUUUCAAACCAACCUGUUUGUUCUUCAACAGCACCACAGUAUGAUCUGCCGCCACCACAGUAUAAAUCAUUGUCAAGAAGAAAGAAACCUAAAGCUUACUUAAUGGAGG